AUGAAAGUGAUGUUCGGCUUGAAGCUGAACUAUACGACAGCAUACAGGUCUUUGAGAGCUGCUCAUGAAUACGUCAGAGGGACACCUGAAGACGGGUAUGCGAACUUGGCUUCAUACUUGCAUAGAACGAAGGAAGCAAACCCUGGAACUAUUACCGACCUUGUCCGGGAUAAACUUGAUCGCUUCAAGUACUGCUUUAUAUCUUUUAGAGCUUGCAUGGUUGGUUUUCAGUACUGCAGGCGAGUGGUUAUUGUUGAUGGGACUCAUUUGACGGGGAAGUAUGGUGGUACACUUCUUGUCGCAGCCGGGCAGGAUGGUAAUUUUCAAGUCUUCCCUUUGGCUUUUGCUGUUGUAGAUGCCGAGAAUAAUGAGUCUUGGGGGUGGUUUAUGAAUAACCUGAAGGCUUGCUUCACUCAGGACUUCCCACUUGUCAUUGUCUCUGACAGACACCCAGCUAUCGCAAACGCAAUUGAAACUGUCUUCCCAUGGGCAACAAGAGGGAUUUGCUAUUACCAUAUGCAGAAUAACAUCAA